AUGCAUUAGAAUCAUAUUGGAGAAAAUACAAAUAUUAGUAUAUAAACAUACUCCGAUUAAAACAAUUUUGAUAAUAAUAUAAUCGCCAUGUCUAUCUCAAAAUAAAAGCCAUAUGAUGAAUAAAAUGCAUAACUUCUGAGAAUAUAAAAGGUAGCUUGUUGGAAUUGUUUUAAAUUAUUAAUUAAAGACUUAAUUAAAGUCCAAUGCAAUGAAUUUUGUAAUUUAGAUUGCUAUAAAAAUUAUAAAAAUUUGUACCAUGCUUAAUGUGUAAAUUGUAAUUAGUCAUUUGAUAUUAAAAAUGGAAUAAUGCUCAAUAGAUGUAACUUUUGUAGAGAAAAAUGCUCUGAAAAAUAUAAUUUCUAGAUUAUGAAGAUAGAAAUGAAGAUAUCGAAAAAUAAUUCUUAAUCUUUAAAGGUAGCGAAAUAGAAAAAAAAACACACAGUUAAAAAGAAGCUAUUGAUUUAGAUUUUGAUUGAAAUUAUACUAAUUUAUAUAAAACUCCAGUUUUUAAUAAUCGAAAUUUCUUCCAUCAAUCAUCUUAAAAUAAUAGAUCUUAAUCAUAAUUCAAAAUAUCAUUUAUAUUAUUAAUUUCUUAUUUAAUUAUUGUUAUUAUUAAUUUCUAGUUUUGAAUUAUAUUGUACAUAAUGGUAUUUUUACUAAACAAACAGUAAUUCAAUAAAAAAAUAAAUAUAUAUAUAUUAAAUAAUAUACAUUCAUAAAGACAUUAUAAUAUUAUUAUAUAGCUUAUAUUCAUUAUAGCAAAAAAAAUGGUACUUUAAUUUUCGUAGAGAUUUUGGUCAAAAUAUAUCUGUAAAGGAUUAAAAUCUAAAAGUUUUAAUUUUUAAAUUAUAAAUAAUUGAAUUUUAAAGUGUGUAUCUCUUUUGGAUUUUACUACUUUAGUUCGUUAAUUCUUUGAAUCUUAAUUAAAUUGGAUUAUGUGUUUAGGUUAAUUUGUUUUGUCUUCAUCUGAUGAGUAGAAAAAUACAAUAAAUUGAACAUAAAACAUUUUGA